CUCUCCGCCCGAUGACGUCACGCACAGACCCGGACAGCCGCGCGCCUCGCAGGGAACUAGUUGUUGGAGCGGAGAGCGCGGGGCAGCACUUCAUCACGUCCGGAGAGGAAAUAUUCACCUGAGCGUCGCCGGGACGAAUUCACGCGGAUUCUCCUUCAUCCGUCGAGGAGCGCCGAGGGCCGUUUGGAGCAAGACACUGCGCGUCGGACUCCUGUGUGCUGUCCCUAAGACAAACAAGUUUAUUUAGCCCUUAACAAAAAAAAUAAAGAAUUUAAAAUAAAUAAAAUCAAGAACAAUUGUGCCAGAAACGCCGGGUGCCCGGUUUCAUUCAAAAGGACCGUAAUCGACCAACGGCGAGACGUGACUGCUCCAAAAUGAUCGGACUGCUCUGCUUGGUCGCGUCGAUGCUCGCCUCACACGGGGCGUCGGGUCAGCGGGUGAAGGUGGAACCAGAGGUGUCGUCGUAUCCCGGCCAGACUGUCAACCUGCGCUGCGCCUUCACAGAUGCCACUGGGAUUCAGCUCACAAUGGUGACAUGGAUCUACGAGCCCAAAGGCGGCGAGAGGACCAACAUCGCCGUGUUUCACCCCAGCUUUGCACCCAAUUACCCCGAUUCGCCCGUGAAGGGUAGAGUCAGCUUCAGUCCCAGUCCUUCAAGCAUGUCCAGUCCCUCCAUCGCGAUAACUGAUGUGAGGAUGACCGACGAGGGGAAGUACAUCUGCGAGUACGCCUCCUACCCCAGCGGCAACGAGCAAGGCAUCACACACCUGGUCAUGCUGGCUAAGCCUCAGAACUCUGCCUCCAUCGUGACGGUGCUAGCGGGCAGUACCCCGGUCGUCGUGGCCCGCUGUGAGUCAGUCGAUGGCCGCCCCCCUGCCGAGAUCUCCUGGGUGACCGUUGUCAAUGGCAACGCAACGACGCAGAAAAAUACGGGUGCAGACAACACGGUGACCGUGACCAGCGAGUACCGCAUGGUUCCCACAGCGGCAGACAACGGGAAAGACCUCAGUUGCGUGGUGGGGCACAGGACGCAGGUCAAACCAGAGAGCUUUCUGUUGAAGCUAGCAAUUCAGUACCCCCCCCAGGUGACGAUAGUGGGUUAUGACAACAAUUGGUAUAUGGGUCGCACAAAUGGGAUACUCACCUGCAACGCUGUCGGAAACCCUCCUCCAAUGACCACCCAGUGGAAGACCAUGUCAGGAGAGAUGCCGGAAUUGGCGCAGAUCACCAACAACGUGCUGAAGGUGCUGAAAGUGGACGACUCUGUCAACACCACUUUUGUCUGCGAGGUCAGCAACCGCAUCGGAACCGGCAGGGACCAGGUCACAGUUGUUGUCAGAGAGCCCUCAGUGAACCCAUCCAAUGCCGGCGUGGUGGCAGGCGCCGUGAUCGGCUCCCUGCUGGCCCUCCUUUUGGUCGCCGCUCUCAUCGCCGUGCUUGUCACCCGUAGCCGCAGACAACAGCAGGGUUACCGCGCCAACGGUGGCAGCGACAUGAAGACGCGCAUGUUUGGCGGCGGCAAGAAGGCCAGCAAGAACGGCACGAGUGGGGGCGCAGGCAGCGGCGGCAACAACAACGGCCCCAUGUACGGUUACAACGAGAGCUCGUCCCACCAGGGCCUCGGAGAGAAAAACAACCACCACCAGCCGCUCACCGUCGGGGGCCGGCCCGAAAUUGUUCCCACUGCACCCACCGCGGAGGACAUCCUGCUUAGCAACGAGCUGGAUGACGUGGAAAGGAGGAAGUUCGAUGAGCUCGAGGCGGAGGAGAGGUAUGACCACUUCACCGGAGGGGCCCCCAUCCUUCAGCUCCGCCCACACGACCAGGACGACAUGAUUGGAGAAUACAUGGAUGACGACAUGGAGUCUCAGCGCGACGGCUCGGUCAUCUCACGGACUGCUGUUUACGUAUAGGAGAGGAGGAAAGGAGGAGGAGGAGGAAGAUGGAGAGGAGGAGGGGGAGGAGGAAAAGAAAAAAGGAGGGAUGGAGGAUUCCUCACGAAGAUUUUGUGGCUGUCUGAUAAAGCGAAAUUAAUACCACUUUUCAUUUUUUUAAAUUGGUUUGAAACAUGGCCUAUUAUCAAUCACAGUGCAGCCCCAGAAUGAACUGAAUGAACAGGAGAGUUUGGAGGGACGCUCUGAAAGCCGUGUCGCUGUAACGGGUCCCUACGAACUGAAAAUCAAACCCCGAAAAGUAACAACUUUUGUCACACUUCUUCUGCUCGUGCCAUCACUGGGAUCUUGACAAGGACACUCGACAGACUAAAACCGAGAAAGUGCGUUGUGUGGGAGUAGAAUAAUGGAAUCACGAUACAGGCUUGGCUUUAAAGGCGGCAACUCUCUUGCAUAUUCACUCUCAUCUUCACCUAAACCGUGGAAGAGGAAGGGGUUGUCAAGCAGUUGCCUGCAACCUCCUGUGGGACACCUGUUUUGAUUUGGUAAUGCAUUGAGCUGUCACAGCUCGUGUGUUUUUAGUAGCUAGGAUUGGCGGGAGGUUUCAAAGGUAUGGACUGUAGCCAUCAGGUGAUUUUAAAAAGAACAAAAUAUUUGUUCUCGUCUUAUUUUCCACUCUCUCUGCCUUCCCCUCAAACCUCUCCGCAAACUAUCAGCAGGCAACAGCAGACGCGCUCGACUUAACAACAUUUAAAAGGAACAUUAGGUUCUGAUGUGCUGCAAAAAACAAGAGCACCUCAAUUAAACAAAGUUGACUGCCACAAAGUUUGAGCAAAGCUCUCAUCAAGGUAUUCACAUGCAAAACUUUUGCCCCGUGCCUGGAGGUAAGAGAUGGUAAGCGGGUGAGGGAGUGAGGAGUAAUCGAUCUGACUGGGUCAGGGGGAGGGAGAGCGGGAUGCAGGAGGACUAGAAAGACGCGCUUGUCUGUUCUUUUCUCUUCCUCCUCAUCCUCGUCUCUUCAGAGCGCUCACGACAGGAGGAGCUUGAUUGGUAAUGAGCCGUGAAGUCGCUCGCUUAGCUGGGACCAACAGAUUGCCACCACUUAUCAUUUAUGACGUGGCGAUUGCUCCCCCUCCCACCUCCUGUUUCUCUAUCGUUCAUUCCUCAGUCUCUCUCUCCCUCUCUCCGAGGGUUUAUGGGGAGUUCAUGAUUUAUCGGGUAGUGUCGGGGUCAGGGCCACAGGGAGAAUUGUGGUGUUUUACUGCUCCCGAUGUGUCAAAAGCUCUACCUACUCUAUUCCAUCCUCGCCUUCUCUGACAUGCUAGGACUUACUAAUCCACCUGGAGUGACCAAUGUGAGCCCUGCCCCCCCCGCCCCCCGCAUGGAUGCCACCGUCUCCUCCCACACCAUAGUAAGUGUGGGAGGACACGCAAAGGUUGCGUCCGCGGCGAAGCGCCAGGAGUCGAAUGGACAAAGAAGGCCCUUUCCACGUUGCAGCGUCAAGGCUGAUGGUCUCCUGAUUGUUAUUUAUCCCUCUAACAAGCCACCGGAGGCCCGCUCAGACUGAGAUUACUGCGUGGUUACUGCACGCUGCGGUCUUUAAGGCGGAGUCUUUAUAUUGGGGUGCAUUACUGUAUUUAUUUAGGCACUGGAGGCUUGUGAUGGACAAUCUGAGAGAAAAGUCCCAGUGCAGCUCUUUUUUAAUCAGGCUUCUCCCUGCCUUCCAAUCAACUAACCCCUUGACCCACUGGAAUCGGGGGAGAAGAGCUCUCUGACUGUCAGAGAGGAGGCGUUCAGUGUUUGAGCUCUGUCUAGCAUAUUGAAAGCCAGUGUGUUCAAUAGGAUUAUUGUCUUAAUGGCCUUAGCGUUUACAUAAAUGCAACUCCUGUCAACCUGGGGUGCAGUCAAUUUACUAAACACAGAUGAUUUUUCACAACCACUCUAAAGGAAAAAAGAAUGCAUUGACUUAUUUUUGCACUAAUGUGUGUCACUGCAACGAAGAUAAAUAUGAAUCCUAUAAAAUACUUUUAUGGGUAAAAAUAGCAACAAAGCUGUUGUAUGUACAUCUUGGUGUGAGGUAUCGUGUACUAUAUAUGUAAGCAUCUUUAUUUUUCUUGUGAAAAUGUGGAUAUUUAUGACAAUGUAAAUAUCAGAUGGAUGGAGCCGGUGUUGUGGAAGUACACAGGAAGGAGUCGUCAGUCUUUUAGGCCGAAAGUUCAAAUGUCUCAGAUGGCAGUCAGAAUGUAAUUUUUAAUCUAGCGAUUACCUCGGUGGUUUAUAUGUUAACUUGUUAGACCGACCGAGCUGAGUUUGCCGAAACGGUCAAUUUGUAUUGGUGGAAAAAAAAAAAACAUAUAUGCCUGUAUAGUGAUUUGUUCGCAUUGCCUGCAUUUUCACAUAAUAAGCAGUUUUUUUUUUUUUUUGCACAAUUGGCUUCUCUCAUUGUCACGACAGGCAUGCAGCACAAUGCGAAAGUACCCACAACACUUGGGUGGACCAUAACCACACAGGUCUGUGUUGAGUCAGCGGUGUGUGUUUGUGUAUAUAGAGCAGUGUGUUUUCAUGAUGCUCGGAGGCUUUGGGAUAUCUCUCGCCCUGCCAUUGGGGCUGUAACCCGAGUAGCCUCCCUUUGUCACCACGGAAAAACUGGCCACCUGGAGAUAUUACUGUGCAGUUUGAAGACACGCUCCUAUAUACGCAGAAUGCCGAGAAACAUUCGCCCACACACAAACACCCCUCAGUCACUCUCAUUAUGCUCACUCUCACGGCCAAACUGUCCAGAAGACGCGUCAUACCUGACAAGUCUGCCUUCUCCUGACACGAGCCCACACAAAUGUGCUCGCAUAGCUACACACACACACACACACACACACACACACACACACACACACACACACACACACAGUUCUUUCUCCUCUUCCUGCUCAGUGGCUCUGUCAGGACAUUUACAGAGUCCUCUUACAGUGGAAAGAGCUGCAGCGUGAUGUGUCCCCCCCCGCUCCACUGCGUUUGUAUUCCUCCAAAUAGUCCGGCCUGAUCGGGAAUCACCUGAAUGACCAAGCGGAAACAGCGACAAACACCCAUUCAGGGGCACACCUUUCACCCGGUGUCAGAGAAUGCUUUUAGGGAUUGUCGGCUCCCCUUUUUGUUUCACAGGGGAAAAUUGCUUUCAUAAAAAUGUCACCACGCUGACCUGCCCCCCCCCCCCCCCCCCCUCCCGGAUCACAUCAAAGGCUUUUAGAGUCGCACAACUUUCCUCCUGUCUUAAAUGUCGUUUUCUUGCUCUUUAACUUCGGCCACCUCUGCGACCGCCUCCUCACUCACACACCCAAGUUAGACUUGUCAGUACCAAAGGCUUUUAGAGAAAUCCACAAUCCUGGCCCGUAUCUUGCCCAAGGUGAGGCAGUUAAAGUACACAUGUUUCCCACACGCAAAGUCCUAUUCCGCUGCAAUAUGUUCCGCUCUAAACAAUUGAUGACUAAUGAAAGCCUUAACAUCUCCCAUCUCACUUGCAUAAAAGAAAAAAAAACAACUUCCUUGUGUACAUAGUAUAAAUAUAUAAAUAUGUAGCAGAGAAAAAUAUUACCAAUUUACGGUGUCACGUUUGUGUAUUUCUCCGUGACCGCAAGCAUGAAGGAUUUAUUUUACUCUUUUUUUUUUUUAAAAGACGUUUCCUGUGUUUUCUGUUAUUUUGCAGUGCUUUAUCAUGUUUUCUCAGUGCUUUAUUCUUGACUGCUGCGCUGUGAUUGCUGCCCAAACUGGCAAAUGUGCUUCUUCUAUACAAAUGAACUGUACACACAACAAAACAGUCUUAUCCCAAAUGUGCUUUUAUUAUCGACUGCUCUGUGUAAAUGUUACUUAUGGUUUUUGAAUAUUUUUUUUGCUGUAAUUUAUUUUGCUGCUUGAAAAAAACUGAAUUAGAAUAGUCACCAUUUUGUUGUCUUUCUAUAUCUUUCUUUUGCAUUUGGUUGCUAUUAAAGAUUUCUUGAUUUUUUAAAUGUU